CGUGCUGCACUGCACAAGUUGUGUGUCCUUUAAUUCCACCGUGUAGAAACACAGCUGUGUUGAGUUUGACAAGCAGUCUUUGGAUUAUCAUAAAACUUGGCGUGGUGAAAUGUCAAACAAUUUGUUGCACUGGUGUUUGGAGCAGUUACAGCACCACUUUGGUCUGGAGGCAUCUGAAGAUAUUGUCAAAUACAUUAUAUCCAUUGAAAAUGCUGAGGAGAUUGAGGAGUAUGUGGGCGACCUUCUCCAGGGCACAGAUGGGAGGAAAGGACAGUUUAUUGAAGAGUUCCUCUGCAGAUGGAGGAAGACUCAAAGACAGGCUGGAGAUCCGUCUGGUCUUUUCAUCCUCACAGAGUCAAUGUCUGCAACAGACUCCCAAGAUAUAACCAAAGAUUCCCAGAAGAAGUCUAAACGUAAGGGUCGGAACAAACAAGAGGUGUUGACUGUGAGUCAAAUGGACCCUGAGCCAGAGGCAGUCAAAACCCCCAUGGAUCUGAUGAGGGUUCAAGAAAGGACCAGUACUUCUUCAACGAAGAAGAAAAAUAAGUUCACAAACCUUUAUGCUAAAGAGGGCCAAGACAAGCUGACGGUCGUACUACCCGGCCGACAUGGCUGCGAGUGCCUUGCUCAGAAGCACAGGCUCAUUAACAACUGCAUCAACUGUGGUCGCAUUGUAUGCGAGCAAGAGGGGUCCGGCCCUUGCCUCUUCUGUGGUAGUCUGGUCUGCACCAAAGAGGAACAGGAGAUUCUGCUAAGAGACUCAAACAAAAGCCAGAAACUAAGAAAGAAGCUGAUGGGAGAGUGCGGCGACAAAGAUUACCUGGCGCAUCAAGAAGCCAAGAUGAAGGCUGGUUUAGACAAGGCUGUCCAGCAUAAAGACAAACUUCUGGAAUAUGACCGAACUAGUGUCAAGAGAACUCAGGUACUUGAUGAUGAGUCUGAUUACUUUGCCACUGACUCUAAUCAGUGGUUGGCACCCGCUGAGCGCGACAAGCUAAAGAAAAAGGAAGAGGAGCUCCGUGACCUUCGGCAUGCGUCUCGCAAAGAUCGGAAAAUCACCUUGGACUUUGCUGGUAGACAAGUCCUUGAUGAGGGAAACAACCUGAACGAAUACUACAACAGAUUAGAUGAGACCCUGCAGGCAAUGAACACCAACGCUGCGGCAAAAUCCCCACUGUGUAAAAGACAAGGAGUACAUCAGAACCUCCGAGAUCUUGUAAACCCCAACAUAAGGCAGAGUGCGCCAGAAUGGGUAGAUGUUGGCAGCAGGGGAAACAAAAGAAACACGGAGAAAGGACAGAGUUUGGCACAAGAUAAUAAAGGGGCCAGGUUGCGUCUUCAAGACAAAGAGCUGCAGGAAAUGAGUGACGGUGGCUGGUGUCUGAGCAUGCACCAACCAUGGGCAUCACUACUCGUCAGAGGCGUCAAGAGAGUCGAGGGUCGAACUUGGUACACUUCCCACCGAGGCCGUCUUUGGAUUGCUGCAGCGGCCAAGAAGCCCACUCCUCAGGAGAUUGCUGAGGUGGAGGCCAUGUACUGCUCUAUCUACAAAAAAGAGCCCAGGUUUCCUUCUGACUAUCCCACUGGCUGCCUGCUGGGCUGUGUCAAUGUCACCGAUUGCCUUUCUCAGGAACAGUUUAGAGAGCAGUUUCCCGGUACAUGCGACGAGUCUGCUUCCCCAUUCGUCUUCAUAUGCACUAACCCCCAGGAGCUGCUGGUGAAAUUUCCAAUGAAAGGGAAGCACAAGAUCUGGAAGCUGGAGAGUCACUACCACCAGGGUGCCAAGAAGGGGCUGGUCGCUUCGGCCGCAGAGUGACGUCCCAACGAACGGAAUGAGGAAGAAUGAACCGACAAUCCACUGAUUUCUAAAGUAUCUUAAAAAGAGACUGCAGAGGAGCAACUACUGGCGGAUUGAGACAUAAAAAGAAAUGCCCAGCCUAUCAUUACCCUCCUAGCACCUACGGCCACGUUUAGACCGACAAUAGUUUGGAAGUAAAAACACAGCCUACUCAUUUAUUUCAGACAGAGAGACAAUUACUUCAGCACAGUAGGGGUGAUUAUGCGGAGGGCUUUGGCAAGAGAGGCAGGGUCAUCCAAGCACAAUCCAAAUGGCUUACAUUUCUUUCCCACAGUGCGGCAAUGUACAGCAAGCCUUAAUCACUUUCCUUUGUUUGCCCAUUUGAGGUACAAAAGCUUGCAUUGUGUGAAACACAGUUUGGAUCAUUUUCUUGUACACUUAAGCCACAGUGAAAGCUAUCCUCACGGUCAUGAUCACUUUCAUUCCGACAAGAAUAAACACACUGUGAAAAACACUCCGACUCAUGCUUUUUUUUUUUUUUUGGUCCUUCAAUGGUAUUUUAUCUUGUCGUCGUACGUGUACCAACACGCCCUGCCUAAGAUAACUCCAGAAGAUUUUGUUACAUGUUCAGUCUAAACACUGCCAUGCAGCAUGUUCAUCAUGCUCUGAUACUGCCCGGGGCACAUAUGUCACAAUAUGUCAUCUUUUUAUGAUUUCCCUGUGUGAAUUUAUCUUUGUUGGAGUCGUAUGUAAACCAUGACAUUAGUACGUGGUAUGUACAGUAUGCAUUUUUGUAUGCAGGAGUAGCACAAUAGGCAUCAUUGAACAUUUGUCGUUUACUAAAGAAAAAAUAAUAAGAUAUUUUAUCAUACAACCUUAAAACUGCUGGGUUGUUUUUAAAAUUGACCCAAACUCCUGAGUAGGUCAAAUUUUUAACCCAAAUCAGCUUGUUUUUAUCGUGGCCUUUUUAAGGGUGUAUGAUGGCACAUUGUUAACAUCAUACUGAACUCUAUUUGCUACCUGACUGAAGGAAAUUGAGGUUAAAACAUAUUUUCCAUUUUCAGGAUCGUUGGUAAAUUGUAAAAGGAAGAGCCUUUUAGUCUGAAGUGACCUGUAACUUUCAUAUAAAUGGAAAAUCUGGUAUUUGUUUACUUGACAAUUGGCUCAUUUAUCAUUAACAUAUUCGGCUUUUGCAACCUGAUUCUUGCACGCGCAUACCAAUGAUGAUGCUGAAGUAUUCAUACAAGGCCUUUAGUUGGCCGUUGGCUGCUGUUGGAAUGCAACCCUGCAUAGGAAAGAACAGAACUAAAUAUCAGAUUAGGGGCAUUUUUUUAAGCAAUGUAGAAAUUCUAGUUUUAAUUGUAGCAGAAAGAGCAGCUGUAUGUGUGUAAACUGUACAUACAUAAAUUAUAGAUAUUCAUACAGUUGAGAAUGAGUAAUGUGUAUGAAAAAUUGAGAUUCUACGUAUGGUAGGGUAGAUUUACUGUACUAUGCUUGUGUAUGCAAUAAAUAUAUACAUAAGCAGUUGAGAAUAAAAUAAACACCAGCAACACCAUCAGGGGUGCGCCUGAAUUCUAAUAUGCAUGGGUCAAUAUCACUUUAGUGCCUUUGGGUGUCCUCAUUGGAAUCACUCAGUCAUCAUAAAUGUAGCAGAAUAAUGAAACUCUCAGGUCUUAUUAUAAGUGGCCAAACAGUUUCACACAACAGUACAAUGUACGUUUUGUGAUAUUUAUCUUACUGUGGAGGAUGUCAAGCUUAACCCAGUCAUUGUGAAAUACCAAUGGAUU